ACCGGCGUCCAUUUUGUAUCUUAUGAUUGUCUUCUAUUGUGUGAGUCUCUUUGCAGUGAAGCGUUUUUUAUAUUUUAUAGUGUUCCUCGGAAGAUAUCGUUUGUUUCAUUGAUUUGAGGUGUUGUGAUUUAAGCGAACAUUGGUCGCGUUAGUUUGUGGUAAGACUUGAUAACUUUGUAACGUGCAGUGUUAUACAAUUUCUUCAGGAACGGGCGACAUUUUGAAAGUGACGUGUAAUGUUGUGCAUUUCAGAUAGUGGUUCACCAAACUGAGCUUUCAUGAUUGGAUUACCGCGUAGCGAUAGAGAUAGAGAUCGUAUAACGGUGAAAAUUCGUAACAUGAAGCGAAGCUCGUCAAGGGAUAGUAUGCCGCGAUCGAAGAGGACGCGUAGUAGUAUAGGUCGUUAUGACGAUAGUUCAGAUGAACGCGUUACGCCGGAGCGCAUUCGUCGUCGCGUGCGAUCGCCCAGUCCCCGAGGUCGGUAUGUUUCGCCUCAUCGUGAUGACUAUGUACGUUCUAGGGAGAUUCGUGAAGAUUCCGUACGUCCUUACUAUAAAGUGCUAUGUGUUAGCGCACUGCAUCCUAAGGCUUCCGAUGAAAUCGUUAAAGAUACUCUUUACAGGGAGUAUAAAAAAUACGGCGAGUUAAUUAUUUUAUAUGAUAAAGUAGCUAUUGUCGACCCUGUAUAUGAACCUGUAAGGUCGGAAUACAGAAGUAGGCCAAGAAGCAUCACUCCACCAGAUUAUGAUCGUCCAUAUUCUUACGCUUGGUCACCAGUGCCUGACAGAAGGAGGCCGCCACCAGAUGAUAGAGCAUAUGGAAUACCACCUACUGUGCCUCCACAUCACAGAGAUUUUCGGCCUCCAAUGCAUGAAUACCCGAUGGCAGGGCCACAUGGGCCUCCAAUGCACCACAGGCCCCCAAUGCACCAUCCUCCUCACCCACAUUAUAUGCCAAGGCCCUAUAUGCCAAGACCACACCAUCCACCUUUUGAGAAAAUGGAAAACAAAAAAGAUAAAUUUCCAAACUACUUGCACCAUGUUCAACCUGAAGAUGAUCCUUUAGCUACCAGAACUCUUUUUGCAGGAAAUUUAGAAAUCAACAUAUCAGACGAGGAACUCCGUCGUAUAUUUGGUCGUUAUGGUAUUGUAGAAGAUAUUGAUAUAAAACGUCCCCCUCCUGGUACCGGUAAUGCUUUUGCUUUUGUUAGGUACCAAACUUUAGACAUGGCUCAUAGAGCCAAAGUAGAACUUUCUGGACAGUACAUUGGAAAAUUCCAAUGUAAGAUAGGAUAUGGCAAGGCAACACCAACAACUCGUGUUUGGGUUGGUGGUCUAGGACCAUGGACAUCAGUAGCCCAAUUAGAAAGGGAAUUUGAUAGAUUUGGUGCUAUCAAAAAGAUUGAAUAUGCUAAAGGAGAAGCACAGGCUUAUAUUUUGUAUGAUUCUAUAGAUGCAGCUCAAGCUGCUGUAAAAGAAAUGAGAGGGUUUCCUUUAGGGGGUCCUGAUAGACGUCUUCGUAUAGACUUUGCUGAUGUAGGCACAGGGGGUCCGUAUAGACCUAAGCCUUAUGCACCACCUGUAGGUGAAGAUGGAAGGCCUGUGGAAGGAUAUGAGGGUUACGAAGGAGGAUCAUGGGAUGAAGGAUAUGGAUAUGGGUCAGGUUAUAGAGGUCGUGGUCGUGGUCGUGGCCGCGGCAUGUAUAGGGGUGCGUAUCAUGGUGCAGGGGAUUAUCGAGAUGAGGAAUGGAGAAGAUCUCAGGCAGAUGGUGACUACGAGAGCCGCGCCAGACGCUCUGGAUCACGUGAGCCGGGAGUCGAUAGGUCUAGAUCCCGAUCGCCUCGUCGUCGCUCUCCAGAAAGUGAUUCUGACGGUUCACCACGGCGUAGUACUGGAAUGCUGUCAUCAGCAAGAACUCUACCUGAAGUAGUACGUAAAGCAGCAACAAUAUGGAAUGGAGCCCUUAUUUUGAAAAACUCAUUAUUCCCAACCAAAUUCCAUUUAACUGACGGUGACUCUGAAAUAAUUGAUAGCCUUAUGAAAGACGAAGAUGGAAAAAAUCAAUUAAGAAUUACUCAAAGAUUGAGAUUGGAUCAGCCAAAAUUGGAUGAUGUACAAAAACGUAUAGCAACUUCUAGUUCCCAUGCUAUAUUUUUGGGAGUGGCAGGAUCAACGGCAUCUAUAACAAAUGAAGAUGCAAGUAUUCAGACAAGGCCUAUGCGGAACUUGGUAUCGUACCUUAAACAGAAAGAGGCUGCAGGUGUUAUAUCAUUGUUGAACAAAGAAACAGAAGCUACAGGUGUUCUUUAUUCUUUUCCUCCUUGUGAAUUUUCGACAGAGCUCCUAAAAAGGACUUGCCACAACUUGACAGAGGAAAGUCUGAAAGAAGAUCACCUUGUUAUUGUAGUUGUCCGUGGGGGCUCUGCGUAAAAUAUAAAUUUUCUAUAUAGCUUAGAUAAAACAUUUAGCAUAAAAGUAUUCUUUUUAGGUUACAAUUAUUUUUUUAUUCUAUAGUUUUUUAUAAUGUAAUUUAUGUGGCGUGUAGUGCACUGUGAGGUGUUUCUAACUUAGUUUUGUGAAGGUUAAAGUAUUGUUAUUGUGUAGUGCUGUGAAGGUAUUUACAAAGUUUGUGAAAAGCAAUAAUUAUACCACAUAUCUAGGUUACUUUUAAAUUAGUUUUGCUAGGAUUAACUUUGGACAAAAUACUACAAUUGUGUAUUAAUGCUGACAAAGGCAAGUUAUAGUGUAUAAUGUAUCCAGUGUAAGUUAGGUGAUUGUGUUGUGUGUGAAUAUGCAAAUAGAAUAUUAAAUCUGAAGUUGUAGUUUUUUUACACCUUGUGAGUAAGUGUAUUACUUUAAAGUGCAAGUUUGUUAAAAUUUGUGUAAAGUUUGUGGUAAUUAAAGGUGCUAAAUUUUAUAUGAUUUGGACAUAAAUUGAGACUGGGUAAUCUUUGUGCAGCACAAGUGAAUGCUUUGUAAAGCACAGUUUUGUGGGGUUCUGUGAUAGCUGAAGUGUUGUGCUGGUGGUCAGUUUAGAUUCAGUAGUUUUAUCUGUGAUUAUUGUGAAAAAAUGGGGUGCCAAAUCUGUAAGUAGCAACACUAAAAUGUUUGAAUAUAGAACAACCAAAAAUAAGUAAAUACUACAAAAUUUUUAACUUGAUUAGGACUUUCAGUAUACAGUUUUUUAAUAAAAAUUAAUUCCACAACUGGAACAAAAAAAAAACACAUUAAAUUAGUAAACCUGAUGCUAAGUGAUUGGAUGGGCGGUAGAUUUCUUCUGAGUUCAUUAUUUAGGUGCUGUUGUUUCUGCUGUGAUAUUAAUUAUGCCAUAUAAAUAUAGACUAAAUAGAAAUUUUGUUUCCAAUGUAAACACAAAAAAAGCUAGUGCUUUUGUUGAUGAUUAAAAGGGAAUUUGUAAUACAAAAAUUAUUUUUAUAGCUUUCAAUGAACAAUUACACAUUAAAAUGAGUACCCAGCUAUUUCUCCAUAUAGCAAGAUAAGUUGGGUAAGUUAAAA